AUGAAGACUCAGAACCUGAUCCUCAGGUCCCAAGAAUGUGACCUAACUGCAUCCUGGAAGGGAGAGGAGGGGCCAUGUGGGGUUGACUUUGAAUUGAAGAGUUUCUGUGGAGAAAAUCUGGAUGAGAAAAUCCCUAAGAGUGAUCCUGUACAGCUGGAUAUACAGAAAGUGCAGUUUUCACCCCUGGAACCAGGCCCUGGUCCCUGGGCACAGACUAUUCAAAGCUUCUUUCUGUCAGCUCAGCCCCUACAACUCCAGGCCCUGAUGGACAGGGAGGUUGUUGACCCCCCUCCCAAUAUCCUAUUCUUUACAUUAUAACUCCUCUCAUAGCCCCCUUUUACUGGUGUAGCUGCUAACUCAAGCUUCUCCCACCCCUUUGCAGUAACCCCACUCCUGGCUGUCAUCUACCAGAAACAGAGCCUGGCACUAGAUGGCAAAUUCAAACAUGAAGCCGCCAAUUUGGCCUCUAGCACAAUUCUUCAACCUGGAAUGGACAAGGAGCUCCUGGGGAUCCUGGUGUCCUACAAAGUUAGAGUCAACCUGAUGGUGUCCUAUGGGAGGGGCAUCCUAGGAGGUCUUUCAGCCAGUGAUGUUGGUGUGGAGCUGCCCCUGAUUCUGAUCCAUCCAAAGCCAUCUCUUAGUGAGAGAUCAGUUGCUACCAGCUUGGAGGACUUAGUCAUCAGGGAGUUUAUGAAGCAGAACAGUCAGGCACAGAGCUAG